UGUUUCUAAGUUGCUCUUAAUGGAAGGGAAUGCAGACAGGAACCCGGGAGGGAGAAACCGGGGAGCCUGAAGAAAAGGGCGCUAAGACCCCCAGGCCUUACUGUCCUAGGGCUGCAUCGCUGGUGUGCAGGAGGCUGGCCUGCCUGCCUCCCCCUCUCCGGCCUCUAGCUCAGCUGCAAAAACCCAAAGGGACCCUGGGGCCUUGAUCAAUAUUUGUCCAACGCGUAAAUUGGUAAAGGCAAGGGAGGUGGCAUAAUUUGAAAGUCCAUCCUCACUCUCCCCACCCACCACACCUCGGUAGCCUCUGCUAGAUAAAACUGUCCGCUCCUGGUGACUGUCACCUGCGGACGGCCUGGUUGCUGUAGCCUCAGGGGCGGCAGGAGCACCGGAGCCAUGCCCAGGUACACAGUGCACGUGCGCGGAGAAUGGCUGGCCGUGCCCUGCAAGGACGCGCAGCUCACGGUGGGUUGGCUGGGUCGCGAGGCCGUGCGCAGGUACAUCAAGAACAAGCCGGACAACGGUGGCUUCGCCUCGGUGGACGACGUGCACUUUCUGGUGCGCCGCUGCAAGGGCCUGGGCCUGCUGGACAAUGAGGACCCGCUGGAGGUGGCCCUGGAGGACAAUGAGUUCGUGGAAGUGGUUAUAGAAGGGGAUGCCAUGUCUCCUGACUUCAUUCCAUCGCAACCAGAGGGAGUUUACCUGUAUAGCAAAUACCGAGAGCCUGAAAAGUACAUCGAAUUAGAUGGGGACAGCCUGACCACGGAGGACCUGGUCAACUUGGGGAAGGGACGCUACAAAAUAAAGCUCACCCCAACUGCGGAGAAGAAGGUGCAAAAAUCCAGGGAAGUCAUAGACAGCAUCAUAAAAGAAAAAACGGUUGUGUACGGCAUUACUACAGGUUUUGGAAAAUUUGCCAGAACUGUUAUUCCUAUCAAUAAGCUAGAGGAGCUCCAGCUCAACCUCGUACGUUCACAUUCUUCAGGUAAAUCAUUCGAAAUAAGACCACAGAGGAAGAAGGUAGUCCUCAUGAGGAUAUGAGCUUGGCCAGAACGAAGUUCUCCUGGAAUAACUGUUGUCUACUCCCUCCCAGCCUCCUGCCUGCCCUAUGUCCCAGAGAAAGGAACCGUUGGUGCCAGUGGAGACCUUGCUCCACUCUCUCAUCUUGCUCUGGGGCUCACUGGAGAAGGGAAGAUGUGGUCUCCAAAGAGUGGCUGGGCUGACGCUAAAUACGUCCUGGAAGCCCAUGGAUUGAAACCAAUAGUUUUGAAGCCAAAAGAGGGUCUGGCGCUCAUCAAUGGGACGCAGAUGAUCACCUCCCUGGGCUGUGAAGCUGUGGAGAGAGCCAGUGCUAUUGCGCGACAGGCUGACAUAGUGGCGGCCUUGACGCUGGAGGUGCUGAAGGGCACCACCAAAGCCUUCGAUACCGACAUUCAUGCUGUUCGCCCUCAUCCUGGGCAAAUUGAAGUUGCUUUUCGGUUUCGGUCACUCUUGGACUCGGAUCACCACCCAUCAGAAAUAGCAGAGAGUCACAGGUUCUGUGACCGUGUGCAGGACGCGUACACCUUGCGCUGCUGUCCACAGGUCCAUGGUGUGGCAAAUGACACAAUAGCGUUUGUGAAGAAACUGAUUACCACAGAACUAAACAGCGCAACAGAUAAUCCUAUGGUCUUUGCCAGCCGGGGAGAGACCAUUUCCGGAGGAAACUUCCAUGGUGAAUACCCAGCCAAAGCUCUGGACUAUUUGGCCAUCGGUGUCCAUGAACUUGCUGCGAUUAGCGAAAGAAGAAUUGAAAGGCUCUGUAACCCCUCCCUCAGCGAGCUGCCCGCCUUCCUGGUGGCUGAAGGCGGUCUGAACUCUGGAUUCAUGAUAGCCCACUGCACAGCCGCAGCCCUGGUUUCUGAGAGCAAGGCUCUGUGCCACCCCUCGUCUGUGGACUCCCUCUCCACCAGCGCUGCCACGGAGGACCACGUCUCCAUGGGAGGAUGGGCAGCGAGGAAGGCCCUCAGGGUCAUCGAGCACGUGGAGCAAGUGCUGGCCAUCGAGCUGCUGGCAGCCUGCCAGGGCAUCGAGUUCCUGCGCCCCCUGAGGACAACCACUCCCCUGGAGAAGGUCUAUGACCUGGUGCGCUCUGUUGUCAGGCCCUGGAUAAAAGAUCGCUUCAUGGCUCCAGACAUCGAGGCAGCGCACAGACUGCUUGUCGACCAACAGGUGUGGGAAGUAGCUUCGCCAUACAUCGAAAAGUACAGAAGGGAGCAUAUUCCUGAAUCGAGACCUGUUUCUCCGACGGCCUUUUCCCUGGAGUCUCUGCGCAGGAAGUCCAGCAGUAUCCCAGAGUCAGCGGAGCUUUGAAGGGCUUUGCCGUGGGAUGUAGAUCAGAUGGUACUUAGUUUGGCAGCAAGCAGCACUGUGCUGAAGGAGAGGCCUGAGAACUUUGUUUAGGUAGAUCAAUUCAUUACAUAAUUCAGUUCUUCUAAAACCUACUUUGGCUAGACCGGUGGCAGCAAUACGGUUCUAACUCUCCCACUGCGUUCUUGUUGGUCUGGUCUGAGGUGCAGCAGGGAUUAUAGGAGUUUUUUUUGUUUUUUUCUUUAAUGCUAUCUCACUCUUAAGGGUGAGAAGAGCAUCCACACUGCAUGGGUCUUUUAACAUUAGAGCAACUCACAUCUUGAAACAGAUUGAUGGCAUUUUUCUAAAAACAUUAAUUGGAAAAUCUUAUUUGUUUGUUUGUUUGUUUGUUUGCUUUGACAAGUUCUCCACUAGUUAACUCUGGCUGAUUGUACUAUGCUAUGACUAGUGUUCCUUAAUACAUCUUCAUAAACAACCCUUUUUAAGUUUUAAUUUGUCUUUAAGUUGCUCUUUCUUCUACUAAUGGAAUCAUAGUAAAGAAUAGUUGAUAGGUCAACAAGAGGUCUGUGUAAAGGGAUUAAGGAUAUAAAGAUUGCUAUUGGACUGUCUCUUACUGAA